AUGGCGGCGCCGUCGUCGUCGUCGUCGUCGUCGUUUGACUCUUGGGGGACGACGCUCCCCCCAAUCCCGAUCAUCGGGACAAUCACGCAGGGCGGGCCAGAGAUGAGCGAGAGUUUCACCUUUCAAGGUGAUCCGUCGUGGACGGAGAGUAGCUCUGCUACUACAACCGCCGCCGCCUCCUCCUCUGCCGCGACAGUGUCGCAAACGUUUUCGACCUCCUUUACUCCAUUUUCGACGUUGGUGCCGUCUUCCUCCUCUUCUUCCACCCUCCCAUCUCCCACCACGCCGCCUCCUCCCCCUACCCCAUCCUCCUCCUCUGCUGCGCGACAUGGCCACGGCCAAAGUCACCAAGCAGUCCUGAUCGCAGCGCCAAUCGUGGCCGGAUCGACGGUCCUUGUCGUGGUCUUUGUCCUGCUCUGGCGCCGCGUUCAUGCGGCAUCAUUCUACAACUUCCUCGACCGCGUCUCCCGUUUCUUCUCCUGCUGUUCUCUCCCCGGCCUGCGCCUUCGAGGUGCAAACCGCAAGAAACCCACCAGCAACGACGACCUGGUGAUGCUACGAAGCGUGCGCAGUUUCCGAACCGACCGAGACAAAGACAGCAAGAAGACGUCGACCUCGGUCACCGAUCCCUUCGCAGAUCCAUUCAUGGACGCCUACAACGGCACCGGCGAGCUGGACACGUUCGAGCGCCAUCUUCGACAAUACCAGGAAGAAGCGGCGCGCGCUCGGGAGAAAUACAGCUUCGACGCCCCGCCGUCUACACCGGCUUCUGGAAAGCGAAACAAGAACAAAAACAGCAAUGGACGCAAAUACAGUCUGACCACUCCCACCCGAUCUCUCGGCAACGGCAAUGCAAAUUCUAGUCCGCGACCAUGGUAUAAGCCCAAGACACCUACCACUCCUCUGGGCAAGAAAUUGAGAGAGAAACUUAGUGGAGGAGGAGAUGAUCCGAAAACACCCACUCGCCGGACAGCUACACCGCGUGAGGGAAUGACUUAUUUCAGCAGUGGCAAACGUGUCAAUACUCCUUCUGGAAGUGGUCCUGGAACUGGAAACAAUGCUGCCAAUCAGCGUCGCGUACAGGGACUGUACAGCACGAGAUACGAUGAUGAUACCGCCAGUCUGGAAAGUUGGGAAGAGACAUGGUUCAAUCUGGGCAGUGAACAGCAUGCGGCGGCAAAUAACAAUGCGAACACCAACACCAACGGAAAUACCGAUGGCAAUGGCAACGACAGUGCGAACUUGACUUCGAAUGAUACAGGAACAGCGUCAACUUCGAGACGGAAUAUUCGUGCAUCGACCGCCUCGGGCUCUUCGUCCGGAUCUCCUCCUACAUUCGGCCUCAUUGCUCAGUUUGAAGCGAGAUUCGGCAAUCAACGCGAAUACGAACGAGACCGUCUACGCGAAUGGAGACUUCAGAGAGAACGUGACCAGCAGCAAGCGAAUGGCUCUGGCGCCGGUGGUACAACCGAUGACAAUGGCAACAGCAAUGACAACGGCAAAGAUGGCGACACCAGCAACAGCAACAGCAAUGGUACUACUGCUACCGAACCGGUCACUGCUACGGCUCCUGAUACUGCUACGACUCCUGCUACUGAUACAGCUACUGCUAUUGCUACUGUUACUUCUACUGCUAUGGCUCCUGUCACGGCUACUGAUACAGCUACUGCCAACGUCACCGGUAAUACUCCAACCGCAAUCGCAACUGCAGCUGACGGAGCAGGACCACUCACCGGACCAGGCCAAUCAUGGCGCAAAUUGGUCUGA